AUGGGCUUCGCAUUUAGGUCCCUCCUGCUGCUCGCCGCUGCAUGUGCCAUCGGCGUGCGUGCUUCCCAGUACCCUCUCUUCCCAAACCAAGGCCGUGUCGAGCCGGCACGCUCAGGGAAAUCAUACGAUCCCUAUGAACCCUACGAUGCGGGCCUCUUCACCCCAGUCUCUGAUCUGCGCUCAAUCUCCGCCUCGGAUUAUACCACUCUCACGCAUCCCCAAUUUCCGAAGCACAGCGUGCGGAUCAAGGAGUCUCAGUUCUGCGACGGUACAGUGCAGUCUUACACCGGGUACAUCGACGUGGAGGCUCGACACCUCUUCUUCUACUUUUUUGAGAGUCGUCGGGAUCCCGACGCCGACGAUGUCGUUUUCUGGACCAACGGCGGUCCUGGCGGUUCCUCAGCUUUCGGUCUCUUCAUGGAGCUCGGUCCUUGCAGAGUGACGAGCCCGAACACUACGGAGCGCUUUGAGUACGCCUGGAACGAAAAUGCCAACGUGUUCUUCGUCGACCAGCCCGUCGGUGUCGGUUUUUCAUAUGCGGAUUACGGGGAGCAAGUAAGUACGACUGCCGACGCAGCCGUCGACAUUGCUUCUUUCGUCGCUAUUUUCUUCGAGCACUUUCCGAAGUUCAAGGGACGCCCGUUCCAUAUGGCGGGCGAGUCAUACGGCGGCCGCUACAUUCCGGUGUUUGCGUCAACUGUGUACGACCAAAACGCACGGCUGAUCGACGCAGGCCUGACGCCUGUCAAUCUCUCCUCUAUCAUGAUAGGAAAUGGGUGCACCGAUAUGAUGAGCAUGGCACAGUCAUACUACGACGUGCAGUGCGAAGGGCACGGUUUUCCUUUCGUGACGAGCAUUUCGGAAUGCGUUCGGCUUAAACAGUUGUACCCACGCUGCGCACAACGUCUGCAGGUAUCAUGCAAGGACACUUUGGACGACAUUGACUGCCGCUCGGCAUUCGAAUUCUGCGAAGAUUCGUUCACCGGACUUUUUGAGAAGGUGAACGCUUAUGAUGCAGCGAGGCCUUGUGCCGAUACUCCGGGAGACAUCAUCGCCUGCUACCCCGAGCUGAAAUAUGUGCAAGAAUAUCUCAACAACGCGCAUAUACAGUCGCUCCUCGGCGUUGACCCAGCUGCCGUGAACUACAGCUGGGUCAAUAUGGAACUCAACGGCCGCUUCGAUCGGCACUCCGACUACUGGUCCUUCCAGGCAGAGCACCACGUCGCGGCCCUCCUAGAGCGCGGCGUACGUGCCCUAAUAUAUGUGGGCGCCACGGACUGGAUAUGCAAUUGGGUCGGCAAUGAGCGCAUGACGCUUGGGCUGGAAUGGACCGGGCAAGAGUCGUAUCGAAACGAGCACCUGCGCGAGUGGCUGGUGGACGGCGAGGUCGCGGGCAAGGUGCGAGCUGGCGGCGGGCUCACGUUUGCUACCAUCGACGGUGCUGGGCAUAUGACUCCAUAUGACAAGCCGGUCCAGUCGCUCGAGCUGGCAAACCGCUGGUUGGCGGGACAAGAGCUAUGAUAGCGGUGACAGCAGUAUUUGUGAACACAUCUUUGCAUCCAGAUACAGUUCAUCUUCAUAUUCGCAGCUGUAUCAUCUUUUAUUCUGCAUUGUUUAUUGUCUGUGAAUAUGUGCAGAGGAGUGGACGGUGUGUUACCG